GAGGCAGCGGCGGGAUGUCGGUCAAUUACGCGGCGGGGUUGUCGCCCUACCCGGACAAGGGGAAGUGCGGCCUCCCGGAGAUUUUUGAUUCGCCGGACGAGCUGGAGAGGAAGAUCCACCAGUUGGCUGACUUGAUCCAGAAUUCUUACAAUGUGGUGUUUCACACCGGAGCAGGAAUCAGCACAGCCUCAGGGAUUCCGGAUUUCAGGGGCCCGAAUGGGGUGUGGACCAUGGAGGAGCGGGGCCUGGUCCCCAAGUUCGACACGACCUUUGAGAACGCGAGGCCAUCGAAGACGCACAUGGCCCUGCUGGAGCUGCAGCGCGUGGGCAUCCUGCACUUCCUGGUCAGCCAAAACAUCGACGGGCUUCACGUGAGGUCCGGCUUCCCCAGGGACAAGCUGGCAGAACUGCAUGGGAACAUGUUCGUAGAGGAAUGCGUGAAAUGUGGCAAGCAGUACGUGAGGGACACCGUGGUGGGCACCAUGGGACUGAAGCCCACCGGCCGACUCUGCGACGCCUCCAAGCACCGAGGGCUCCGAUCCUGCAGAGGCAAGUUAACGGACACCAUCCUAGACUGGGAAGAUUCCCUGCCGGACCGUGACCUGUAUUGGGCCUCUGAAGCCAGCAAGAGGGCGUCCUUAUCCAUCACCCUGGGGACCUCCCUGCAGAUCAAGCCCAGCGGAGACCUUCCGCUGCUGACCAAGAAGAAGGGCGGGAAGCUGGUGAUCGUCAACCUGCAGCCCACAAAGCACGACAGGCACGCGGACCUGCGCAUCCACGGCUACGUGGACGAGGUGAUGACGAAGCUGAUGAAACUCCUCGGGCUGGAGAUCCCCGAGUGGGCCGGGCCGCUGGUGGUGGAGCAUGCAGAGCAGCAAGAGGCCAAACCGCUCUCCCAAACCGGCGCGGACUUGCCGUUCCUGAGCAAGGGAGAGCCGGCUCCCUGCUGGAACGGUGGCCGGGAGGGCCUGGGACACACGGCGGUCCUGAAGCAGGAAUCCCGCCUGCUGGACGGCAGCUCCAUCCCGGCCAAGCAGCCGAAGCUGGAGCCGUUGCCCACCUGACGGAGGCCCGUCCCUGCGGGCCGGUCGGCGCGGGUGUUUUGCCUGGUCUUCUCUCGGGACAAACCAGCUUGGCCUUGGCGUUUCUACCUGACUUUUUAGAGAAUUGUCUUCCUUUCGGAUCCUGUAGGUAAUUUUUGUUUUUUUCCCUGAAACUUUGAAGCUUUCUGGAUGAGCCUAGAUUUUCCAUUUCUGGAAGGAGGUAACCGUCAUCCUUCUUUCUGUGGGACCAGGCCAGGAAAUCACGGCUUGUGCCCUCUUUGUAUGUCUCUUGGGUGGUGUUGAGGGACAGGGUCCCUUCCCUUCUCACUCUUCCUCCCCUCUCUCCCCCCCCUCCUUUCUCCUCCUCUCCCCUCCUCUUUCUCCUCUCCCCUCUCUUCUCUCCCCUCUUCUUUUCCCUCUCUCCUCUCUUCUCCCUCUC